AUGACACCAUCGAAAAAGCGUUCUAUACGAUUCCCAAGAUUCACAUGUUGGCAUUCAUUAUUACCAGCAUUUUCAGCUCGAAUAAUAAUUGCACUUCGUACUCUUAUAGGUAUUGCGGGCGUUGCUGGAUUUACUCUUUCACCUAUAACAUCUCAUUCAAUACAAGGUCAACUUCUAUUUGGUAUUAGUUUCAUAGUUGCAAUAAAAAGUACACUUGGUUCAACAAUUCAAACAGCUAUUCGUUUAUUUGUUGCUGGUGCUAUUUCUGCUACGUAUUGUCUUUUCAUUGUUAAUUUUUGUCCACGUAAUGUUUAUUUUGGUAUUGGUGCAACCAAUGUUCUUGUUCUUCUUAUUGUUUAUACGGAUUUACCAGUAACUGUUCGUCGUUUUACGAUUAUACCAACAUGUAUUAUCCUAUUACAAUGGUUUACUAAAUCAUAUAUAAAUACUUUUUAUGUACUUCAAAUUUGGGCAUCAUUAACCAUUGGUGGUACAUUAGCCGUUAUUGUUACAUGUAUUCCAUUACCAGUUAUACCAACUGCUUAUCGUGAAUUAACAAUGCGUAUGAGAUUUAUAGCUCGACAAACAAGACGUGAAAUAACAGCUAUUGUUUUACUUAUAUCAGAAUAUCAUAAUGUAUAUUUAAGUGAUGAAUCUGAUGAUCAAAAUUAUCAAAAUAAGGAGAAAACGAAUACUUCAGAUGAUAAUGAUAAUGGUAUUGAAAUGCCAUCGAAUUCUUAUCGUGCAGAUGAUUUUUAUCAGCGUUCAAUAUCACUUGAAGAUUUAAAAGAUGAUCAUUUACUUAAAAGUGAUAUACAAGAUUUACAUUCAUUAGUUAAUGAUGAAGUAAAACAAAUGCAACGAGCUUUAACUGAAAUAUCAUAUGAACCAUAUUUUAUAUUAUUGAAAUAUCUUAAUCGAAUAAGAAGAUUCUUACGACAUAUUCCAUUUUUAAAAAAAUUCAUCAAACCAGAUUCAACACUUGAAACCCGAUUAUCAGUAUGGACAACAAGUUUUGCUGCUAUACAACGACAAAUUACUGAAUUAUUAACAUUAGAGCAACAUCAUCGUGCAUUUGUUGGUAAACGACAAUUGAUUAAUGCAAUAUGUCUUCUUCUUGAUUCAACAUUUAAUUUUUUGGAUUCAACACUUCCAUAUACGACAGCAUCAACUAGUUAUUUUAAUAAAGCUAAAGCUAUUGCUUGUCGAACACAAGUUGAAGAAGCACUUGAAGAUUUUUUUGAGACAUAUACACAAGUACGUGAAAAUCCACGUCAUUCAACAAUGUCAAAUACAGAUGCAAUUCGUUUAAACACAUUUCUUCUACUUAUCUUACGACUUGUACAUGCAACUGUAACUGCUGCUGAAAAAAGUAAAACUCCAGGUGCUCAUUUUGAUACUGAUCUAGAUUCAACAACAAAUGUAACUAAAUCAAAAAAAUCAUUUGACUGGAAAAAACCGUUUCAUGAUCUUGCUGCUUAUAUUGGCAUACGACCAUCAUUCGGUAAAUUAGUACGUUCAAUAAAAACAAGUUUAAGUGUACUUGUGUCUGCUGUUGUUGUUAUUUCAUUUCGUGAACGUUUACAAGCAUAUGAUUGGGUUCAUUGGGCACCGAUGACAACAGCACUUGUUUCUGAAUCAUCUGAAGGUGGUACACUUCGUUUGUCAUUUCAUCGUUUAAUGGCCGUGUUACUUGGUUCAACUUAUGCAUAUGUUAUUGUACUUGUUACACAAAAUCAUAUUGCUGUUGGAAUAUGUAUUUCUUUAUUUGUUGGACUAAUGGGUUAUCUCAAAACAGAUCCAAGACGAGAAUAUUUUGCUACUGUUUGUGCACAAUCAGCAUCGAUUAUAACAUUUCUUUCGAAUCGAAAAGGACUAACGGCUGCAUCAAAUCAAGCUGUUUUAGCUCGAACAAGUUUAACAUUUUUAGGAAUAUUUAUACAUGUUAUUAUUUCUAAUCUUCUUCUACCAAUAACAGCUCGUGCAUUAAUUAAGAAAAAGGUAUCAAUCAUGAUUAAAAAUGUAUCUGUUGCAUUAAAAUCAUCAACGGAUAAUUUUUGUGCAUUCAUUGAUCCAACAAUAGUACGAGAAGAAAAUACAGAUACAAAUAAAACACCGUUUAAUUUAAUGAAAACUCUAGCAGAAACUGAACGUAUUUCAGAUAGUUUUCCAGCUUUACUUAACGAAGCAUUAAGUGAACCAAAUUUUUGGAAACGACCAUUUAUACAAGUUAAAGAUCGUUAUGAUGGCAUAUCGAAAUCUUUACGUCGAAUAAGUGCUGAUAUUCGUUUUGUUCAUCGAUGUACAACAAUACUUGAAGCUGAAUCAAAAUUACAUUUUGCUCAAGAAGCAAAAUGGCAAAUGCGUCGAGCAAGUCUUGUUCCUACUAAUCCUGGCAUGGAUUCUAAACCAUCUCAUUCAUUGACAACAAGAGAAUUACGUAAAGAACAAAAAUUACAAAAUGAUCUUGAUAUACCUUUAACAAUUUUCAUGACCUAUUCUCCACAAUCAGCACCAAGAUUUGAACAAAAAACUUUAAUAUCAAUUAAUUCAUCAGCAUCAUUUCGUUUAGCUCAUACAACCUUAUAUCAACCUGUACUUCAACAUAUUCAUACACUUGAAAAUCAUAUUCAAAAAGUUUUAUCUUUAACAGGACAAUUAAUUGAAAAACAAGCAGCUGUUGAUGUUGGAUCAUUUGAAUUACAUCAAUUAUGUCAAGAAGAUUCAUAUGAUGAACAACAAAUAAAACUUUUAAAAACUCAAAGAACUUUAAAUCGUGGUCCAUCAUUUUAUGCAGUACCAGAAUUUGAAGCAUUACCAUCAAUUACAAAUUAUUAUAAAUUGUUUUCUUGUUGUAAAAAUUCACAAAAAGAUUAUGAACCAUUGCCAUCAUUACGUAAUGCUGUUGAUUUAAUGUUUGCAUCAUUAAUACAAUUUCUUUCUGCUAAUAAUCGUUUUAUUCGUACCGAAUUUGUAUCAAAUCAAUCGAUUGGUGAUGUUUUAGCAUUUCAUACAUUAUCGUAUGCAUUAAGAGAUAUGGUUGAAGCAACAACUGAUUUAGCAAAACAUGCUCGACCAUCAACGAGUUAUUUUAAUAAAGCACAAAUAAGUACUUGUCGAACACAAGUUGAAGAAUCACUUGAAGAUUUUUUUGAGACAUAUACACAAGUACGUGAAACUCCUCGUCAUUCAACACUGUCAAAUACAGAUGCAAUUCAUUUAAAUACAUUUCUUCUACUUAUUUUACGUCUUGUUCAUACAACUAUAACUGCUGUUGAAAAAAGUAAAAUUCCCGGCGCUCAUUUUGACACUGAUCUAGAUUCAACAACAAAUGUACCCAAAUUGAAAGAACCAUUUAACUGGAAAAAACCGUUUGAUGAUCUUGCUGCUUAUAUUGACAAAAGACCAUCAUUCGGUAAAUUAGUACGUUCAAUAAAAACAAGUUUAAGUGUACUUGUGUCUGCUAUUGGUGUUAUUUCAUUUCGUGAACGUUUACAAGCAUAUGAUUGGGUUUAUUGGGCACCGAUGACAACAGAACUUGUUUCUGAAUCAUCUGAAGGUGGUACGCUUCGUUUAUCAUUUCAUCGUUUAAUGGCCGUCUUACUUGGUUCAACAUAUGCAUAUGUUAUUGUACUUGUCACACAAAAUCAUAUUGCUGUUAGAAUAUGUAUAUCUUUAUUUGUUGGACUAAUGGGAUAUCUUAAAACAGAUCCACGAAGAGAAUAUUUUGCUACUGUCUGUGCACAAUCAGCAUCAAUUAUAACAUUUCUUUCUAAUCGAACAGGACAAAUGAAUUCAUUAAAUCAAGCUGUUUUAGCUCGAACAAGUUUAACAUUUUUAGGAAUAUUUAUACAUGUUAUUAUUUCUAAUCUUCUUCUACCAAUAACAGCUCGUGCAUUAAUUAAAAAAAAAGGUAAUCAUUCUUUUAUGUUAUUUAAACCAAAAAAAUAA